CUGUAUGGCCUUCCAUUGCUGCUGCCUCCACCGCCACCCUGCGCCAUGUGCCUCUGUCUCGUCUCCCCACGCUGCUGCUGGAGGGACUUUUUAACAUAGGCCUCUGUAUGGCCUUCAAUUUUAGCUGCUUACGCUCCGCCACUCUGCCAUGGGCCCCUGUACCGCCUCCUCAUGCUGCUGCCAGGCCCGUAAUCUGCCAUGGGCCCCCGUACCAACUCCUCAUGCUGCUGCCAGGCCCGUAAUCUGUCAUGGGCCCCUGUACCGUCUCCUCAUGCUGCUGCCAGGUCCAGAGUGUGUCAUGGGUCCCUGUACGGCCUCCCAUUGCUGCUGUCUCCAUCGCCACACUCUGCCAUGUGCCACUUUCAGGUCUCCUCACACUGCUGGUGGGUUCCAUUUUGUCAUAGGGUGCUGUAUGGCCUCCCAUUGCUGCUGCCUCCACCGCCACACUGUGGCUCCACACUCUGGUUUUGGCCCCGUGACUGCCCAAAUGAGUGAAGUGUGCGGUGAUUCUAAGAUCGACGGCACUCAUCUGCAUGUCAUACUGACUGACAGUAUUAGUUCUCUUCCCCAGCAGACUCCAAGGGCAUUUAAAUUAAAGGUAUAGUGUUCUGCACUAAUAUAA